GAUUGUGCGUGAAUUUUGUGUCCCUACUCGAACGUUUGCCGAGGGGCCGUGAAUCAGGAUGGACAUUUCGAGCGAUGUGUGGAACCAAGUGGCCUUGGAAGCGUCCCAGCUGUACUUCACCGAGGAUGGCAAAAGUCCCUUCGCCAAUACGUCCAUCGAGAAACUGCCGGAUAAGGUAAUUUUGCACAUUUUUUCGUAUCUGAGUCAUUUGGAAAUAUGUCGCAUGGCGACGGUAUGCCGCCGUUGGCGAACGAUCGCCUACAACACCCAGCUGUGGAAGAAUGUGUCCCUUCGACCGGAAGUUUCGGGGCUGCAUGUAGGCUCGUUAGAGUCGCUGCUGCAGCUAAUUUCGGUGCGGUUUGGUCCAUCACUUCGCUAUAUCGAACUUCCGAUCGAGCUGAUCACGCAUACCGUGCUGCAUGAGCUGUCUUCCAAGUGCCCAAACCUCACGCAUAUGCUGCUGGAUUUCUCCACAGCCAUGCAGCUGCACGACUUCAGCGAAAUGCAGGCGUUUCCCGCCAAGCUUCGGUACAUGUGCGUUUGUCUGUCCGAGGUCAUCUUCAUGGAAGGUUUCAUGCGGAAAAUUUACAAUUUCAUCAACGGACUCGAGGUGCUGCACCUGAUCGGCACGUACGAAAAGGGUGAGGAGGAAGAAGAGGAAAUCUACGAGGUCAUCAACGUGCACAAGCUAAAAUCGGCCACACCGAACCUGCGCGUCAUCAACCUGUACGGCAUCAAUUUCAUCGACGAUUCGCACAUCGACGCGUUCAGCUCCAACUGCAUCCAGCUGGAGUGCCUUGCGGUCAACUAUUGCAACAAGGUUGUUGGAUCGACCCUGAAGGCGCUGUUGGCAAGAUCGAAGCAACUGAAAUGUUUGCUUAUGAACGGCACGAGCCUCAAGUCGGAGUACGUGAUGCAAGCAGAGUGGGACAAAUGUUCGGUGCAAGAGCUGGACAUCUCCGGCACGGAUCUGACGAGCGAGUGCCUUAUUGAUUUACUGACCAGAAUUCCCACGCUGCGCUUCCUCAGCGCUGGCCAAAUUAACGGUUUUAACGACUCGGUGCUGAAGGCGUGGAUGGAGGGUGGCAAUCCGAAGACUCUGAUCGCUCUCGAUCUUGAUUCGUCGGAUAAUGUGUCCGAUGAGGCAUUGGCACGCUUCAUAACACGCUACGGCGCUCAGCUGCAGGCGUGCGUGCUCUCCGGGAUGACGCAUAUUACCGACCAACUGUGGAUGACGAUCCUUCCGAUUCUGACGAAUAUCAAAAUCAUAGUGAUGGGCACCACGGAGCGUCUGAGUGGUAACAUACACGUGGACCAGCUAAUGGACACCAUUGGAUCGCACUGCACGAAGCUCGAACGGCUGGAGCUUCGUUGGGAUCCGGAAAAUCUACGUUUCUCCGACAAAAGCCAGAAAGCGAUCGAUUUGCUGCGUGUCAAGUGUUUGAAGCUGCGUUGCCUCGUGUUGAGCGACGGCCGCUACUACGAAACGGUGAAGGCAAACUUCGAACGAGCUGAUCGUACGACCGUUGUACGCACGACUACGAGUUGUCGCGUGUCGGCUUACCACGUUCUUAGCAACUACAACGACUUGGUUUUCAAUUAGAUUAAGCGUUGGACACUACAUUUUGGUCAUCAAUUUGCAACUCUAGUGUGUGUUUCGUAUAUUUGGUUUGCUUAUGCAAACAACAAAAUCUUGCUUUUAUUUUAAA